GGAGUGGGCGGGGCGAUGUCGGCGGCGCUGCAGCGCGCGCUGGGCGCAGCUGGGCCCGGCCCGACCCCGACCCCGACCCCGGCGCUGGUGCUGGGCCCGGCCGGCUCGGGCCGCUCGGCGCUGCUGUUCCGGGCGGCGCUGGGCGGGCCCCGCGCGCUGUUCCUGGCGCCCCGCGCCCUGCAGCGGCUGCCGGGGGCCCGGCGCGGGGAGAGCGGCCCGCGCGGCCUGCAGCGCAUCCAGUUCCUCUACCCGCCCUCGCUGCGGGAGCUGCUGCGCCUGUUGGCCUCGCUGCCCCAGAGCCUGCCUGGGCCCCCUGCCCUCCUCCUGCUGGAUGGGCUGGAGCAGUACCUCGCUGGUUGCCGUGGCCCUCCGGCGGCCGCCCGGCUCUCAGCCCUGCUGGUGGACACGGCUUCGUACUUCACAGGGCGCCUCGGCGCGGACCCCCAAGGAUCUGCCCCCUGCUGCCAGCUGGUCGCCUCCAUGCAGGUCUCCGGGGAAACAGAGGCUGAGGAUCAUCUCUGUGUCCUCCAGCGCUACUUCCCAGCCCAGUGCUGGCUGUGCCCAGACCCGGCGGCAGCCUUGGGCCAGGAGGACUGCGGGGGUGACCGCAUGUUCAGAGCGCGCCUGUCCCAGCCCGGUGCCGCAGACCAGGAAUGGAAGCUGGGAUUCGGCCUCGAUGGAGAGAUGAGGGUGUCCCUGGUUCCAUGGGGGUGCACAGAGGAUCCAGGGGCGGCAGACACAGACAGAACUGCUGGGGCUGGGAAAUGACCCCUGGGGCUCUGGAGAUGUAAAUUUGUCUGUGAGUUUCUGGCCUGGCCCUUGGCUGAACCUUGGGUGAUUUAGGGGGAAAUCCAUCUCUCUACGUCCCCUCCUUGGCCUGCUUAGUUUGCCAACCCCCGUGAAUAGAAAUGAAGGAAAAUUCAACAGUUCAAA